GCCCACUCUCUCUCACUCACUCACCUGUAAAACUCUCCUCGGUCAGCUCACUACUUCUCAUUGACCCCAAAAUCUACUUCUCAGUUUGAUUCUCAACACCUAGUUAGGGUUUAAUUCAACUGAGAAAGAAAGACUCCCUGGGUGUGUGUACUUCGUCUAUGUAGCUUACAAACAUGGGGUGUUUUCAGUCCAAAACUGCGAACGUUCAGUCCCCAGACCAAGAACCUUCACAACCGGAGUCUAAACCAGAUCCGGCUAAUGCAGACCAAUUGGAUCAAGAUCAAGUGCCUUCAUUCAAGGAAUUCAGUCUUACAGACCUGCGAGCUGCAACAAAUGGUUUCAGUAGUGAAUUGAUAGUUUCUGAGAGUGGGGAGAAAGCCCCCAAUGUUGUUUACAGAGGGAAGCUUCGAAGCAAUCGGCUGGUUGCCAUUAAGCGCUUCUCAAAGCAGUCGUGGCCUGACCCACAACAGUUUGUGGCGGAAGCUGCUGGGGUUGGCAAAGUACGACAUAAGAGAUUGGUUAAUCUGAUUGGAUGUUGUGCUGAGGGAGAUGAGCGUCUAUUGGUGGCAGAAUACAUGCUCAAUGAUACUCUCUCAAAGCAUCUCUUUCAUUGGGAUAAACAGCCAUUGCCAUGGGACAUGCGUGUGAGAAUUGCUCACCACAUAGCUCAAGCUCUCGAUCAUUGCAAUCUCGAGAACCGGAAGAUCUAUCAUGAUUUAAAUGCGUACAGAGUUCUUUUUGAUGAGGAGGGUGACCCCAGAUUAUCUAGUUUCGGUCUAAUGAAAAACAGUAGAGAUGGGAAGAGUUAUAGCACCAAUCUGGCCUAUACUCCACCUGAGUUUCUGCGUACAGGCAGGGUCAUUGCUGAGAGUGUGAUCUAUAGUUAUGGAACUGUUCUGCUGGACCUUUUGAGUGGAAAGCAUAUCCCUCCAAGUCAUGCAUUGGAUUUGAUCAGGGGGAAAAAUGUGUUGUUACUGAUGGAUUCAUCCUUGGAAGGACAAUAUGCAGAUGAAGAUGCUACUGCAUUGGUUGAACUUGCUUCAAAAUGCCUCCAAUAUGAGGCUAGAGAUCGACCUGAUAUCAAUUUUCUUCUUACUGCAGUGGCACCCCUUCAAAAGCAGAAAGAGAUUGCAUCACUUGUUUUGAUGGGUCUGACAAAAACUCCAGUGGUGCUGCCAACCAUGCUUUCACCUCUUGGAAAAGCUUGUGCAAGGAUGGACCUUACUGCAGUACAUGAUAUUUUGCUUAAAACAGGUUAUAAAGAUGAAGAGGGUGCAGAAAAUGAGCUGUCGUUCCAAGAAUGGACACAACAAGUGCAAGAUAUGUUGAAUACAAAGAAAUUUGGGGAUAUUGCGUUUAGGGACAAGGAUUUUAAGAGUUCAAUUGACUGCUAUUCAAAGUUGGUAUCAUUGAUGUCUGUCCCUUCUGGUACUGUGUUUGUGAGGCGAGCCCUCUCCUACUUGAUGAUUGGCCAACCAGAGCUUGCAUUAAGGGAUGCUAUGCAGUCUCAGGUGUGCUUGCCUGAGUGGCCUACUGCCUUCUACAUGCAGGCUCUUGCCCUCUCCAAACUUGGAAUGGAAAUAGACGCCCAAGACAUGCUUAACGAUGGUGCAUCCUUUGAAGCGAAGAAGCAGAACAGUUGGCGUAACUGAUUUAUGAUUGGCAAGUAGAAAAUCCCAGAACCCUGGUACUUAUAGUUCCGAUCAAUACAAUGCAAAUGGCUGAAAGGAGAUUCCAACCUGGGCAAAUUUGAUUGGUAAAUUAAUUUAGUUUUUACCCGUCUUGUGCUUGUUUUAGCCAUUUCUUCUUAUUUCUUAUCCAUAUUGGAAUAGUUAUAUGGCUCGGAAACUAGUCAUCGAGUGUAUCCAUCCGUGCUUUGAGUAUGUUCAUGAGUCUCCAGUGACUGCUAUAGCAAAGAAGAAAGCAUCUGUGAUUGAUGCAGAAGUACAUUGCAAGGUAGUAUAGUUCAAGCUGUAGUUUUUCUGGAGAGAUGAUGAAUGAUCAUAUGCCAAAGUGAUAUGUUUCGGGUUUGAGUUUUG